GAAAAAGGAAAAGAAAUAAAAUCUUAAAAAAAAAAUGGGUGUGGAGUUGCCCAAAUUACAAAGAUCUAAGCUAGCAGUUUGUUGUUUUUAAUUGAAUAUUACAGGAAUUAGUGGAAUAGUUACUUGGGGCCCAUAGUAGGAUAUAAAUAUGCCUGAUAGGACUCUGUGAGCCAGCAGAGAACCCCACCUGACUUCCAGGCUUUCUCCCCUUUCUCGAAAAGACUCUUAGGGCCGCUUCAUUCUCAUUCAGGCUUUCCUACCUCCUCUGAUGCAAACUUGCAACAAAAUCGCAGGAUAGGCUAAAUGUGGUGCAUACUGGAUUGAUUUGGGCCAUGGUGUGUUUCUACUAGAGUUCAACCAUCAGCUCAAGAAAAGUGGUUCAUUUUCCCCCAUCUUUUCCAUUUAUUAUAGUCUCAGUUUUCUCAAAUGAAAGCUCUCUCUAGGUAAGGAACAAGGUCUUACAAUUUGUGUUUCCAGCACCACAUGUCUGGCAUAUAACAAAUAAUGAAAGAAUUAAGAUUCCAAGAGGCAUCUUCUUGGCGCAAUCUCGACCUUGACUACUUCUCUAAACGUGAGUGCACAGAGGCUGCCUUCGGCCACCAAGCGGCGCUAAAGCACCAUCCAAGACGCAUUCACUUUUCCACGGGGUUCGAAGUUACGUACUUUUUAAAAGAGUCAGAAAAGUUAAUUCACAAGUUCAGGGGAAUUUUUCCAAGGCACGAAUGAUGUCCCAGCCAGGGGUGGGCUGCAGAAAGCGUUCUGAGUCUCUGGGCGCAUCUCAGACCUCGGGAUCGCAAUGGGAACUCGGGUUGGGGAGUCGCAGAGGUGCGUGCGCGGGAGAGCGUACAGCCUGGCGCCCCCAGCAGGUGAGGGCGGAAGUGCGCGCGGCGCUCGGUAUCCGCCGGGCGCGCGCGGGGGUCUUCGGGGAGCCACGCUACCUUCCCGCCCCCGCCCCCUCGGCGCGCGGGGCUGGCCGGGCCGCUCCUCCCCUGGGUGGGUCCCGGCUCCUUUUCUGGCAGGGUCUAUUUGCAUAGAGGAAACUGCCCAAAGUGGCCGCUGUGGAGGAGCUGGCGGCGGAGAAGGGGGCGUGGGCCGCGAUCCGCUGCUGCUCGGAGGCCAAGCCCCGUGCCUGGCCGAACUCGUGCCUCGGGCUGUCCCGCCUGGUCCCCGCUCGCUCAGCUGGUCCCCAGCUCUGCACCGCCCCCUCGGAGAGCCCACGCGCGACCAGCGCGCCAUGAGCCCGGGCGAGCGCGCCGGCGGCGACGCGCGAAAGGACGGCCCGGCGGGCGGCGGCGGCGGCUGCGGGCGCCCCGCGACGGCGGCCGGGGCCUGGGCGGUGAGCGCGCUGUGCCUGCUGCUCUCCGUCGGCUCGGCGGCCGCCUGCCUGCUGCUGGGCGCCCAGGCGGCCGCGCUGCAGGGCCGGGUGGCGGCGCUCGAGGAGGAGCGGGAGCAGCUGCGGCGCGCGGGGCCGCCGAGCGCCCUGGUCGCCUGGGCCGAGCCGCACCUGGAGCGCCUGCUGCGCGAGAAGCUGGAGGGACUGGUCAAGCUGCGGACGGUUCGGGAAGCGCCAGCCGAGUGCACCUGCCCCCCAGGCCCCCCUGGACGGCGUGGCAAGCCUGGAAGAAGAGGCGAUCCUGGUCCUCCUGGGCAAUCAGGACGAGAUGGCUACCCGGGGCCACUGGGUCUGGAUGGCAAGCCCGGACUUCCAGGCCCCAAGGGGGAAAAGGGUGCACCAGGAGACUUUGGCCCCCGGGGAGACCAAGGGCAAGAUGGAGCUGCUGGGCCUCCGGGGCCCCCUGGACCCCCUGGGGCCCGGGGCCCUCCUGGCGACACUGGGAAAGAUGGCCCCAGGGGAACAGCAGGCCCAGCGGGUCCCAAAGGAGAGGCUGGACAAGAUGGCGAGAUGGGCCCAAAGGGACCCCCGGGACCAAAGGGUGAGCCCGGCGUUCCUGGAAAGAAGGGGGAUGACGGGACACCAAGCCAGCCAGGGCUCCCUGGACCCCCAGGGCCCAAGGGCGAGCCCGGGAGCGUGGGGCCUCGGGGAGAGAACGGCGUGGACGGCGCCCCAGGGCCAAAGGGGGAGCCUGGCCAGCGAGGCGCCGACGGAGCUGCAGGGCCGCGGGGUCCCGCGGGCCUGAAGGGCGAGCAAGGAGACACGGUGGUGAUCGACUAUGACGGCAGGAUCUUGGAUGCCCUUAAGGGUCCUCCUGGGCCACAGGGGCCCCCAGGGCCACCAGGGACCCCUGGAGCCAAGGGUGAACUCGGACUGCCCGGUGCCCCGGGAAUCGACGGAGAGAAGGGUCCCAAAGGACCGAAAGGAGACCCAGGAGAGGCUGGGCCGACCGGACCCAAAGGGGAAGCAGGAGAGAUGGGCCUGUCGGGCCUCCCGGGCGCCGAUGGCCCCAAGGGGGAGAAGGGAGAGCCAGCACCUGACAACCUACAGGAGAGCCUGGCCCAGAUCAUAGUGGAACCAGGGCCCCCCGGCCUCCCUGGUCCCCCAGGACCCAUGGGCCUUCAGGGAAUCCAGGGUCCCAAGGGCUUGGACGGAGCAAAGGGGGAGAAGGGCACGUCAGGGGAGAGAGGCCCCAGCGGGCUGCCUGGGCCAGCUGGCCCGCCAGGCCUUAUUGGGCUGCCAGGAACCAAAGGAGAGAAGGGCAGACCCGGGGAGCCAGGACUAGAUGGUUUCCCUGGACCCCGAGGAGAGAAAGGCGACCGGAGCGAGCGUGGAGAGAAGGGGGAGCGAGGCAUCCCUGGCCGCAAGGGAGUGAAGGGCCAGAAGGGCGAGCCGGGACCGCCGGGCCUGGACCAGCCCUGUCCUGUGGGCCCCGAUGGGCUGCCCGUGCCUGGCUGCUGGCAUAAGUGAUCCCCAGCACCCGGCUCACAACCUGUACAGAUUCGUGUGGACGUUUUUAAUUUUUGUAAAAACAGAACAGUAAUAUAUUGAUCUUUCUUCACGGGAUGCACCACGUGUGGCCUUUUAACAUUUAAGAGUGUGCCCAGAACGAUCUGCAUGUGAGGCUGGCAGGAAAGUGGAUGGGCAGACAGGGGGAUUGUGUACUUGAGGGGCACCUGCAGGACUUGACCUUUCCAAGAAGGAGGGAGACGAAGGUGAAAGUGCCUGGCCCAGGAGAGGCUGCCAAGGGCUCGGGUGGGGCCUUCAGCCACUUGACUAGCAGAGACUCCGGCUGCCACACUGCCCUACGAGAGCCUGCCCCCUGAAACUCUGAGCCGCUGGCGCUCACCCCAUCCAAAAAGGCCCAGGGCUUGGACAGCAAAUGCAGCUGCUCCCGGCCUCUCUGGUCUCUGGCCUCUGGCCUCAGCCACAGCCACCUGCCUACCCUCUCAGGCCCCCUGGGCCCUGGGUUCACCAGGGCAGGACAAGACUCCUGCCUGGCACUUGCAGCUGGAUGCUGGGAGCUGUGGGAAGCGCCCCGAGCAGGUCCAGCUGCCACCAAGCUCAGGAGGCCUCCGGAGGCCAGCCUGCAUGAGAACACGUGUACCCCGGCCAGGAGCAGAGGCCAAGCGCUGUGAUCGCCGCUACGUGGACCCAGCUGCAGGGAGCCCUGUGAUUCCCAAAUGUGGAAGACAGCAGGCCCCAGGCUAGAGUGGCUGCUGCUUCCUGUCUCCACACGCCCCGGAGCAGGGACUUGAGACUUUGCCAGCCUGAGGAGAUGGACCUCCAGCUCAGAGUUUGGGUCUCACUAGCCCCAGGUCUCCCACCCAGGAGAACUCUGGUCAGCCUGCCAGAAAUGGUCCUCCAGGUGAGCUGUGCGGACGGAGAGCCUCAGGGCUGGUUCCAGACAGCCAGAGCAGGGUGCCUGUGACCUGAGCCGCCAGUGCUCUGAGAAGAGGCUUCGCCACCUCUGACAAGGGUCCCAGCUGCCAGCCCUGGCCUAGCUACUUGCCUCCCUUCUCUGUGUAGAUGGACAUUGCUGUGUGUAAUAAACCACAAAUGUGUGUCA